CUUGGGAACAGUGCUGACGUCACACUAGUCAGCUCUCAGGCAGGAGUGGGUGUGCUGUGUGUUGUGUAAGUGUGAAGACGUGUGUGCUGUGCUGCCUCGCGUGUACUGGUGUGUGUUGUUCUAUGUGUGUGUGUGUGUGUGUGUGUGUGUGACUCUGGAAACACUGGUCAUGCGCUGGAGUACAGAAGACGUGGGUAGUGUUGUGUUGUGUUAGCUAAGGCGGGAGCACAGUAGGAGUCAAGGGACAGCCUGUGGGAGUGUUUACUUCCGUGCAUCGACCAGGAGGAGUUAAAAUCCCCGAACUUCCUGGAUGUUCACAGUAUUCCUUCAGUUCACAGUGCGGAAAAAUGCAACUUGAAGCCCACCACCUGAAGGCCGCUGAACGCCCUGACCAGAGCGGCAGUUGUGUGAAGUACUGCCGCCCCGCCGCCGCUGUCUGGGAGUGUGCUGCCUUUUGGAUCAAAAUUUGACUUACCUGUGCCUUGGAAACGGCGAAGACUGCAUGGUAUUCGUGGGGAUAAUCUCCAUGACCGAGGCUGGACUGUACGUACACUGGAUCUCUGCAACUAUUCCCAACUCCAGCGCCUGUGCCCAAGUGCCGACCAAGAUCACCAUCAGCUCGUCUCUCUCCCUCAGGCAGUGCUGGGCCAUGCUUGUGCUACUGUUAGGAGGACUGGCGGUCGGCCUCGCCACUCUCUUUUUGGAAGUAAUGAUGGUUGGAACCUUGGGUCGCUGAGCUCAACGGUAAUGGACCCCGGCAUGUUGUUACGUCCGCGCGCGCGAGUGUAUGUUAAGGAUAUGAUAGAGUAAAUGUAAUUACGUAAUAAAUAACUUAAGAUCA